UCCCUACCAGCGGUCAAACUGGAAACGGAAGAAUCUGGAGCUGAACGGAGCGGUUUUGAGAACUCGAUUGCUGCCCUUGCGGAAGGGCUCGCAGCACCGUCGACAGACCAGUCGUCGGCUGAUGCAGGUGCCGACGCAUCUGAUAACAGGAUGGCAAACUCAAAAAAGAAGCGACCAGAUCGUUUCAAGCGAGCAAGGCAGAAGCGAGUCAAGGAAAUAAAGCGAGAGGUCGAUGGCAUGCUUGUUCCUCAGCGCAACAAAGCUCUUCCUCUGAAGAAUGUGAUCCAUGGGUCUAAGACUGUGGCCGCUGCUCUUGCUGCUGCUCUGGGUUCAUCUACCUGA